UCUAAUGCAAAAGAUCAAAUACCACAACCACAUUCUCCUGGUGAUUCUUAUUUUCCAAGUCCAACAAUGCCAGUGUCGACAAGACAUCCCCAGCCACAGCUGCAUUCAGGACCACAACCACAUACCGUUCAUGACUCUCAUUUACCAACACCAGUACCACCACCAAGAAAUCAGCACCCACAUUCAGGAUCUCGACCACAUAGCCAACAUCAUCGUCACUCUUCAGGUUUAGUGCGAGUGCCCACUAGGCGUAAAACUAGGCCAUUUGCAUGGAUAGUUGCAGGUUUUUGUGCACUUUUCUGGGUCAUGGUAAUAGUGGCUGGCCUAGCAAUCCUCAUCAUCUAUCUUGUAUUUCGCCCAAGAAAUCCAAAGUUUGACAUAACUAGUGCCACACUCAACGCAGCCUAUCUUGACAUGGGAUACCUCCUUAAUGCUGACCUUACUAUACUUGCAAACUUCACAAAUCCAAACAAGAAAGGGAGGGUGGAUUUCCAUUACGCCAUUCUUGAUCUUUAUCAUGGUGGACACCUAUUGGCUUCUAGCUACAUGGACCCUUUCUCGACGAUGAGCCACGAGUCGAGGUUUCAAGAUGUACACUUGGUGAGUAGCCAAGUGAGACUUCCUUUGGACCAAAGCCAACAGCUCAAGAAGGAAGUGGAUAACGGAAGAGUGAAGUUUGAAGUGAAGGGAUUGUUUAGAGCAAGGUCUAACUUAGGGAGUUUCCUUCAAUACUCCUACUGGUUGUAUACCCAGUGCACUAUUGUUGUUACCAGCCCUCCAACUGGUGUCUUGAUUGGAAGAAAGUGCACAACGAAGCGCUAAACAGUGAACAGAGCUUACUAUUUUGACUUCAAGAAAUGGCUUCAGUUAUUACUUGUGCUGGCUGCUCUUUCGCUCAUGUUUUGGUUCUCUGUUCUUCUAUGUUCUGUCAAAAGAUAUAAUUUGGAGCUUUGUUACCUCUUACUAUUCUUUGUACUUCUCUGUUUGGUCAAUACUAUUAAGGGUUGUUAAAUCAAUUUUCCCACAACA